CAGAUCUUGCCCUACCCUUUUAGGGGCGUCCUUCCUAGUGCUGGCGUGGUUGCGAGGCUCUUUCCCAGUAACCGAGGGCCGGAGCAGGGUCAGAAAAGGGGGCGCUAGGCCGUGCAGAAGCUAAGGGGCUGUGGGACGGGUCCCUGCAGCUGGCGCCGAGAAAGGGAGGAGGAGACCGUGCUGGCGUCCUGGGGAACGGCCAGGUGCUGAGGGCGAGGCUGUUGGGGCAGAUUCACGGCGUUCCUCCCAGGCCGUGGGCGCCGUCGGGGACUGGGCCCCCACCUCGGGGCUCGACCACUUGGUUUGGUGUCUCAUCGUCCUCGAGCCUCGAAGGCCGUAGAAUUGAAAAACGGCUUCAGCCAAAUUCUCCCUUCCCUCUUAGGAGAGGGGCUGAGCCCGUCAGCCUAGGGGACUCCAGAGGGAUGUCCCGGCCCUCGGGGGCUGGGGGGAAUGGAAGAGGCAGAGGUUGAAAGGGGCGGCGAGAGCGGAGAGCUCCCUCCUUGACCAUCAAAUGCAUCCUUUAGUGUUUCCACCUCCGUUUACUGGGCUUGGCAGUGCUGACCACCCAGGAGGAGGGACGGGCGACACUCGGCCGGCUCUGACCGGGCCACCUUCAAGUGGGCGUUGACGGGGACCCAGGAGGGAACGGGCAUGGGGCGCAGCCUCGCCCUACUCCCUCCCCGCCUCCAAAGCGCUGGGGCUGGUGAUGUGGCGUCGUGAGGGGAUCCGAGGCUGCCCCGGGUUCUCCAGGACUCCCCUAGGUACCCGCGCGUCUCCCUGCGCCCGGGGCAGGAGACGCUGGCGUGGAGCUCGAGGCGGGCGGGCGGGCGGACGCGCGGGCAAAUAGCAGAGCCGGAGCCCCAGCUUAGCCAUGGGGUAUAACGGCAGCUGGAUCUUCAGAAACGCCAGCGACCCGCGCAACGCGUCGGGUACCGAGGCGGCAGGCGCCAACCGCAGCGCACUUGGGGAGUUCGUCGAGGCUCAGCUGUACCGCCAGUUCACCACAACUGUGCAGGUCGUCAUCUUCAUAGGCUCGCUGCUCGGAAACUUCAUGGUGUUAUGGUCAACUUGCCGCACAACCGUGUUCAAAUCUGUCACCAACAGGUUCAUUAAAAACCUGGCCUGCUCGGGGAUCUGUGCCAGCCUGGUCUGCGUGCCCUUCGACAUCGUCCUCAGCACCAGUCCUCACUGUUGCUGGUGGAUCUACACCAUGCUCUUCUGCAAAGUCGUCAAAUUUUUGCACAAAGUCUUCUGCUCUGUGACUAUUCUUAGUUUCCCCGCCAUUGCCUUGGACAGGUACUACUCCGUUCUCUAUCCGCUGGAGAGAAAAAUAUCUGAUGCCAGGUCCCGUGAGCUGGUGAUGUACAUCUGGGCCCAUGCAGUGGUGGCCAGUGUGCCAGUGUUUGCAGUGACCAAUGUGGCAGACAUCUACGCCAUGUCCACCUGCACCGAAGCUUGGAGCAACUCCUUAGGCCACCUGGUGUAUGUUCUGAUCUAUAACAUCACCACAGUCAUUGUGCCUGUGGCCGUAGUCUUCCUCUUCUUGAUACUGAUUCGACGGGCCCUGAGUGCCAGCCAGAAGAAGAAGGUCAUCAUAGCAGCCCUGCGGACCCCACAGAACACCAUCUCCAUCCCCUAUGCCUCCCAGCGGGAGGCUGAGCUGCACGCCACCCUGCUCUCAAUGGUGAUGGUCUUCAUCUUAUGUAGCGUGCCGUACGCUACCCUGGUCGUCUACCAGACUGUGCUUAAUGUCCCUGACACUUCUGUCUUCUUGCUGCUCACUGCCAUUUGGUUGCCCAAGGUCUCCCUGCUAGCGAACCCUGUGCUCUUUCUUACUGUGAAUAAAUCUGUUCGCAAGUGCUUAGUAGGGACCCUGGUACAGCUACACCAGCGGUACAGUCGCCGUAAUGUGGUGAGUGUAGGGAGUGGGCUGGCUGAUGCCAGCCUGGAGCCCAGCAUGCGCUCAGGAAGCCAGCUCCUGGAGAUGUUCCACAUCGGGCAGCAGCAGAUCUUUAAGCCCACGGAGGAUGAGGAAGAAAGCGAAGCCAAGUACACUGGCUCUGCUGACCUCCAGGCCAAGGUGAUACCUAGCACCUGCCUGGAGGGCGAGCAGCGGCCACAGUUUGCACCCUCUGUGCCGCCUCCGGGGACAGUGGACUCUAUAUCCCAGGUGGCACCAGCAGCCCCUGUGGAACCUGAGAUGUUUUCUGGCAAGUAUUCCCUGCAGUUUGGUUUUGGUCCUUUUGAAUUGCCUCCCCAGUGGCUCUCAGAGACUCGAAACAGCAAAAAGCGGCUCCUUCCCCCCUUGGGUAACACCCCAGAAGAGCUGAUCCAGACAAAGAUGCCCAAGGUAGGCAGGGUGGAGCGGAAGAUGAGUAGAAACAAUAAAGUGAGCGUUUUUCCAAAGGUGGAUUCCUAGGAAAGAUUGAAAGUCCCUGGAAGUAGCAGGGAGUUUCCUCACUCUGGCCCACCCUCUGCUCUGGCCCUGUGAUUCCUGUGAUCUCAUUGCAACCCAGAAUGGGUUGACUUCCUGUCUGGGCCAAAUGCUUCUGAGUGAGAGGGAAAUCUACUCAAAAUCAGAUGUCUUCUUUAUGGAGGGAGUGUGUAUAUGUAUAUAUAAUUUUUAGUGGUCCAUGUCCUUAGUAAAGCCUGUGUUCCUCUCUGUGGAGACAGACAUUGGGCAUUAUAGAUUGGGUUUUGGGGUUGUUACCCCAUUUAUCUUUCCUGGGGAUCCUCAGUUAUCUGUGUCCAGCAGAAAAUACACAGAGAGGAUAGUGUCCAUGAGGUCAAAGGGAACGGGGCCACUCCAGGGGAAACCCAAGAUAACUAUGGAAUGCUGUGGCCACAGAGAAAAUGCCUAUUUGAUGUAUCUAACUUUGACAAACAUAUUAAAAUUGUUUAACAUUGAUCCGUAUCUUGAGGGAAGAUAGAGGUUUGGCACUUGACACUUUUUCAUAUGUCUGGCAGUUUCUCCUGAUGCCUGUCGUCCCUUUUACUGGGUUAUGGAUAAAGAGUGGCUCUUCCGCCCCCAUCUGACAGGCCUGAGGGUGAGGGAGAUCUGUCCUUCACUCUCCCGACAUCCUCGGGGCAUCCCUCAGAAAGACAUGUCUGCCAUUUGGGCUGGAAAACACGGCAAGCUCUUUACUGUGUCUUUCCCUCUUCAAUUAUGUUUUGUGUCUUUUCUUCAACAAAAGAGAGAAGCUUACGUGGAGAAGACAGACCAGAAUGUCCGCACACUGUGAAUCCCACCUGCAGGAUGCUAGGGAGCAGUCAUGAGGAGUGAAGUAUGUUGGAAAAAAAUUAUCUCAUGCAAACUUUUGGAAUUCAGAGGUCAUUUUAAAAUGCAAAGUUAGUGUAAAGUGGGUCCUCUGGAAACAUCAAGCUAAACCUACUUGACUAGGAAAGGUGAGUCUGCCCAAAAGAGUGGGAGAAGGCUGACAAAAAGGGCUCUUUGGAGGAGGGCUCCAGACACAGGCUGGCCAGUCUCCUUUUCAGUCUGUGCAACUGUGGUCUGCCUUCCUUUUGGACAAAAAGAGGGUGGGAACAGGAAGAAAGAGUUCACUGUAAAAUGCCAGGUCCACAAACACAUAGCCCAGGUGAGCUCCCUGCUUCCUCUUUUCCGAUGAAGUUUUAGCCAGAGCCAGAGUGGAUAGAAGAAGGAGGACAGUGCCCUCAAGUGAUUAGACCCUGGGGGCUCUCACAGGCAGUUCAGGGCCACUCUGUGUGUAUUUCACCAGGCUGAGUUCAAACCAUAGACGACACUUCACUCUUACUGAGUGCACGCCGAGGGCCAGCACUGCUCUCCUCUCUAGGCUGUUUUGUUUUUGUUAACAGUAAGUAAGGGAGUCCAUCCAGUGCCUUGCAUGAGCUUGAAGGGAAGUAGGCCUUCUUACUGCACACUUCCACAUCCCGAAGGCAGGGUCCCCAGGCGUCCCCAUUCCUGUAACCACACUGGUCCUUGUCCUUCGGAGGAAGCCCAGACUAUGUGUAGGGAGUCUCCUUUUCCUGCCUUCUCCUAGGUGUGAGGUCUUGUAAUUGCUGUAUGUAAACCCAAAGACCCUUCCCCUGCAGAGGCAAUGCCUUCCUGUGUGUGCUUCGUCUCCUCAGAGUGUUGUGUGCGCACAGCAGAAACGGGGGCGGCCACACCCUCCCCCGAGGCCUCUGCCGCCCAGGCCCUCUGUGCAUGCCACCUCCAGCGUCUUGCCCUGACAGUUGAAAUGUGGCCCUUCAAGCUUAUCUUUCAGAACCUUCACAGUUGUCACAACUUUCAUCAAGGGGCAACAUAAUCUGUUAGAAAACUCUGCUUUAGAAGAAUCUGUCAAAUGCAGCCACUUUGGUGUUGUUCUGAUUAUAUAUACGUACAACAAUAA